AUGAUGGGGGAGCCCUUUCAAGAUGCUGAGAGGUAUAGAAGAUUGGUUGAAAAACUGAAAUAUCUCACAGAUACUCGGCCUGACAUUUCAUUUGCAGUUAGUGUGGCAAGUCAGUUUCUUAACACUCCAUGUCAAGAACACUGGAAUGUCGUCAUUCGUAUUCUUAAUUAUAUCAAGGCAUAUCCAGGAAAAGACCUUGAAUAUGAAGAUAAAGGUCAUGUUAAAGUUGUUGGAUACUCUGAUGCUGAUUGGGCUGAUUGUCCUACUAAUAGGAGAUCUACUAAUGGAUAUUGUGUCUUCAUUGGAGGCAACUUGAUUUUAUGGAAAAGUAAGAAGCAUAAUGUAGUUGUCAAAUCAAGUGCUAAAGCAGAAUACCAUUCCAUGGCUACUACUACUUGGAGCUCAUUUGGCUGA